UAAAUAAACAGAGAAACAGAGAGAGAGAGAGAAAGAGGAAGAAGCGUCCGCAAAGGUUGAGCGGAGCAGACAGAGAAAGAAAGGUCCUACCCGCAAAACCCAUAUCAGCAACAGCUUCUCUGAGCGCAGAGAAAGUAAUUUUUCAUACAGAUGGAGAGAAUUUGAGAGAGAGAACGACCUCAGAUUCUUUUGUUUGGAGAAAUUUUCUUGUCUCUCUGGGGAAAAUCUCAUGCUUUGUGGUAUAUUUGACUCCCUGGCAUGAAUUUAUCUGACUAUUAAUUUGAGAAGGGUUUUUGUUUGGUUUCUUUGUUGGAGUCGUAGAUCUUGAGAUAUGGAAACAGAGGAGAUGAAUCAGAGUGUGUGUAAACCCUCAGAGCCUGAGCUUUUCUUACAGUGGGGAAAUAGAAAGCGAGUCAGAUGUGUGAGAGUCAAAGAUCCUGAAAUCUCGGCCAGAUUCAAUGGUGGAAUCCGAAGGAAAAUCACGUAUAGGUUUGCUUCUGAGAAAGAGAGCUCCCAUCAUCCAUCCAAUCGCCUCCCCAGGAGUUCGGAGUUGGCUUCACUGCGGAAAUCGGCGUCGCCGGAGAAGGAAGAAAGGUAUUAUAGCACGAGAGGAUCGGUGGUUAUGGAAGAGAAUGGGAAGGUAUCGGUGGAUGUGAGUAAUAAUGGGAUUGGGGAAGAGAGAGGGUUGGCUUGGCCAAAGCUGUAUAUCACUUUGUCAAGCAAAGAGAAAGAGGAGGACUUCAUGGCUAUGAAGGGCUGUAAGCCUUCCCAGAGGCCUAAGAAGAGGGCCAAGCUCAUCCAAAGAAGCUUGCUUUUGGUGAGUCCUGGGGCAUGGCUGACUGAUAUGUGCCAAGAGAGAUAUGAGGUUAGAGAGAAGAAGAGUUCUAAUAAGAAGAGACCAAGAGGAUUGAAGGCCAUGGGGAGUAUGGAAAGCGAUUCAGAAUGAAAGGUCAAAGGUGCAUGCUUUAAAAGAGGGAGGAGGCCCUUUGCUUUGAAUUUUUUUGGGAAUUCUUUUGGAGGUGAAUGGUGUGGCUUUCUUUUAGAGCCUGCGCCUAAGCCUGAGCCUGGAGUUGAAGGGGUAGAAAUAGUCAGCAUGUCAGCUUGUCAUGGUUUUUGUAUACACAAGUUAAUUCCGAUCUAUAAUUAGAAUAUCACUUUGCUAUUUAUUUAUUAUUCACCUUCUUCUU